AAGAACAUUUUGAAGGUUGUUCCACAAAUAAGGUGCAAGAAAACUAAAAGCUGAUUUACCUAACUCAGUAGACCAAAUUAACUUCUAGAGUUAUCCAUCCCAGAGACUGGUGCGGUAACUCGUAUGUCUAAAGUUUAGUAAUGAUGUUAGGUAUAGUGGGACCUUUUGUAAAAGGGAUUUAUAAAUGAAAACAUAGCAAUGUAUCAACCUAAGUGACAUCAAAGAGGGCCCAAAAACGUUCUGGUAGAGAAUGCAGUGAUGAGUACUAAAAUUGUUGCCUGUAAUAAAGUGCAUAAACAUAAGAUAUCCUAAGCCUGUUUUUAACCACAUACCUUAUUUUCGGAGUUUAUCCAAAAACCCUACAAAAACGCCAUUCAUUUUGCUCAUAGGCUUUGUCCAACGAACCAUUGCUGGUUCCUACAAAAAGACGCCAUUACAAUUUAUCUUUAUUAGCAGUUUUAGGGGAGUUCAAGUGGAUUUUUCAGUCGUAUGUAGUGCCAUUUUCACACUUGGUUCUGAACGCAGCAUAACGUUACUUCUAGCCGGUGACUAUCAGCAGAGGAAGAGGCGAAGCGAGAGGAUAAACUCCGCGCCCAAAAUCUGUCAGCGCGAAAAUCCAAUGAUAAGCAGACAAAGUGGGGAUUUUUUGUUUGGAGGUCAAGGAGAGUCUCGAACUUGGUUAACAAAAAAUGUAAUUGCGAAAUUACUCCGUGAAGCUUAUUUGAUCGAAUAUAAGUUUCGUAAUGUUUACAUUUUUACUAACGUACUGAUAUAAAUGGACGCACAUGUCAUUCCGGCAACUUUGAGAAAAAUGUUAUAUGGGUGUUCACACGCGUAUGUGCCCUCUCAUUGGCUAGAAUGUUCCCACUUACCUUCCGCCUUUGCGGACAUGUAUUUCCAUUGUUAGAGGGGUCAGUCAGUCGACUAUCUUGUCAAUGUAAUAGAUACUCUUUUCCAUCAGAGGACCUUGCCGGGUAAAGCAAUAAAAAGGAAGAAGCUGGCGGACGAAACGUUAUGUAGCUAGUUAGCUAAACAGUUAUGGCAUUUCAUUCGAUUGAGGCUAGAAGUCGAGAAAUGGCAUUUCUGAAACGUUAGUUAGGUAGCUAACGUUAGCUGGUGGCUCCCUGGCUAGCUAACUUUAUACGCUUACGCCAACGUUAGUAGUAAGAUAUUUAGCUAAAAGUGUCCUGUUACAAACUACUAGUUUAACUAGCUAGACAUUUUACAUUCUUGAACUAACGUUACUAAUUAUACGUAAAUGUGUAAUACAAUCCUCUAAACAUGUUUUCCGAUAGCAUCAGCCAGUUAGCUUUCUAGUAGCGCACACCAUCCCAUAGCUUGGCGGUGUCUAGUUAGGUUAGGUCAUUUGCAGGAUUGUUGCUGUUGCCAGUCAUUACUGUCUUCUAAAAUAACAAAUGGCUGGGUUGGCCACUGUGACGGCCUUUCGAUUGCCUAUAGGCAUACGGACAUUCAGUGAGUUGCUAGAUGUCUCUACAUUUGGCACAAACCGGUUGAAUACAGUGUUGGGGCCAAGAAUAAGGAUUAAACAACCAAUCAGAUAUGUGACAUCUUGUGGCAUCCUUAUGACCAGGACCCCCAGGAUUCUUAUCCAUUUUGACAGGAGGACAACUAUCAUUCCCUCUAGCAGAACCUUCCUUAGUCUGGCCAACAAGAGGAAACAGUAUUCAGAACGAAGAAUCAUUGGUUACUCGAUGCAUGAGAUGUAUGAUGUGGUGGCCAACGUGGACGAUUAUAAGCACUUUGUUCCGUGGUGUAAGAAAUCUCAGUUCAUCAUGCAGAGAGCCAGCCACGCUAAAGCCCAGCUGGAAGUGGGUUUCCCCCCUAUAGUCGAGAGAUACACCUCCAUGAUCACCAAUGUGCGCCCUCAUCUAGUCAAGGCUGUAUGCACAGAUGGCAAACUGUUCAACCACUUGGAGACAAUAUGGCGUUUCAGCCCUGGAAUACCUGGUUAUCCCAGAACCUGUACUGUUGAUUUCUCUAUAUCUUUCGAGUUUCGCUCUUUGCUACACUCGCAGUUAGCGACAGUCUUCUUUGAUGAGGUCGUGAAGAAAAUGGUUGUUGCCUUCGAGCGCCGAGCUUGCACCAAGUUUGGCCCAGAGACUAAAAUACCCAGAGAACUCAAGUUCCAUGAGGUGAACCAAACGUGAGCCUCUAUGUGCUUGUACAUAUCUGGGAGAUCCACACGUUUUCCCCACCUUCAACCCAUUGCAAGGACCAUUUUGUGGACGACCAUUAGAUGACUGUUGUUGGACAGGGUUGAAGUGGGGAAUGGAUCUCCAGCUUGACUGCUUGAACAACACAGCCACUUCUUGCAUGUGAAAAGACUAUCAUUUCAGACUGGGACCAUCCUCCGUAUGUACUGGAUUCUUAGGCCAUUCUCCCAUUUAUUGCCAAUUUGCUGCAGAGCCUGAUAUUUACUGAAGCAAAUUCCAUAUUUUGAUAGGUGUAAUGAAUUGGCAGGCUUCCAAGGUUCUAUUUACCAAUCCGGUAGAUACUUCAGCUAGGUAACUGGGGACUCAUAAGGGAACUGAACAUAAUAUAUUUUGGGUGGUCAGAAUUAUCAUGUCACACCCACUUGAUUUUCAUAAAAUGUUUUAUCUGGUUUGAAUCAUGUCCAGAGAUUCACACAUUGAAUCUAUACUGAACAAAAAUAUAAUUAACAAUUUUACUGAGUUACAGUUCAUGUAAGGAAUUCAGUAAUUGAAA